UUCCUGUGUGUGGGGGGUGGGGGGUCCGACGGUCAGCGACCUCUCCGGAGUUAAAGCUUUACAUGUGCGGCGUUCAUGCUAACAAUCGAGCCUGGCUGCUCGCUAUUUAUUUUAUAACCAGACAUUCAGAAUACAACGCGUUCUCAAACUGGUCCUUUGUCGUCUCUAGUGGCUCGCAUGGAUCAUGUUCACUCAGUAUCUGAACAAAGGGAAUCUUUGACUGUGGCCAAAGGGAAAUGGAAAAUAUCAAUCUUAAAACCGCCAACGUUAACUUUUAUUGAUGAAUAAUUUUUGCAGCAGAAGAGACUCUGGGGUUGUAGAUCACCUGUCUGUCCAUCAGAGAGCUCUCCCCCAGCGGCAGCAGCAGGCUGUGUCCUUGUCCACCACAAGCCUUUCUGCUCGGGGAGAGGAUGGAGAGGACGACAUGUCUGACAGGUUCACAGAAGGACAGGACGUCUUGGCCCGCUGGUCAGAUGGCUUGUUCUACUUGGGGACAAUCACCAAGAUAAAUCGGGACAAGGAGCGAUGCUUUGUAGUUUUUGAGGAUCGGUCAAAGUCUUGGGUUUUGUGGAAGGAUAUCCAGACAGGGGAUGAAGAUGAUGAGGAGAACGCUGAUGAGGAUGACGACAUUGUGUGCUCUAUAUGCCAGGAUGAAACUUCAGAUGAACCCAAUGAAAUAGUCAUUUGUGACAAGUGUGGACAAGGCUACCAUCAGCUGUGCCACUCCCCCAUCAUCGGCGCCUCUGUCAUUGACUCGGAUGACAAGUGGCUCUGCUCAGAUUGUGAGCUCGCUUCUAUACCUAAGAGGGGGGCUGCACACAUGAGGGGAGAGCCUGCUGCAGGCUUUCUGCAGCAACCGGAGGAUAGAGAGCUGCACCUGUCUCUCCCAUAUGCUCUGGACGAGCUGGUUUGGGACCAGGGCCACAAGACUAACACCCAGCGGUGCUACUGCUACUGUAAAGGUCCGGGAGAUUGGUACCUGAAGAUGCUGCAGUGUAACGGGUGUCUGCAGUGGUUCCAUGAGGCGUGUCUCCAUUGCUUACAAAUGCCGAUGCUCUACGGAGACAGGUUUUAUCUGUUUAUUUGUUCUGUUUGCAAUGGUGGACCAGAGUACCUCAGCAGACUGCCUCUCACAUGGGAGAAUGUCACACACCUGAGCCUCUACAACUUGAGUGUGAUUCACAAGAAGAAGUACUUUGACUCUGAGAUGCACCUGAUGUCUUACAUCAAUGAUAACUGGGAGCUUCUGCAGCUGGGGAAGCUCACUAACUCUCCCAGGUCAAAGCGAUAUGCAAGUGUUCUGGAGGCAUUAAACAACAACAGGAGCAUCUUCAAGUCUGGGAAGGAGAUUAAGAAAAAGAAGCACUUGUUUGGGUUGAGGAUCCGUUUCCCUCCUGCUCCCCCCAACUCUGAUGAGACAACCGGCAGAGUGAUGGAGAGGGCUUCACAUGAGAUCCCCUUCACACAGAACCGGUCUGGCAUGAGGUCUUUAACCAAUGGCACCGAUAAGAAAAAGAGGAAGCAAGGAGCACAUUCUCUGGAGACUCUGGCUAAACCACAACGUAGUGAACUCUUAUCCCAGGACAUAAAGCCUCUGCCUCUAGAACCCAACACAUUGGAUCUAUUAACCUCCAUCAAGACUGAGAGGUCUCUGCUGUCGACUUCAGAUGUGGAAUCCAUAGGAGCUCCGAGCACCACAGAAACUACCUCAACUAGCAUUUCAAGACCGUCCAGCUGUAGCUCCAGCAAGACGCGACCGACAGCCUGCAUCAUGCCCGUUUCCGCUCCACCCUUAAAGAGGAAACGUGGGCGGCCACGAAGGGUCCUGCAGCCCCCCAACCUAGAGGUCCCGCCUCCUAGCCAUGCAGACCCAAACCCUUCUGCUACGGAGAUGAUGAGCCCACUCCCAGGGCUUCACUCCACAGAUAUAGUUCAUGGCAUGGACCCCAACAGCCAGCUCUCCCACCUCAAGAGCUCCAUCAGCAGCUACUUCGGAGCAGCAGGGCGACUGGCUUGUGGAGAAAAGUACAAAGUCCUGGCACGACGGGUCACCCUUGAUGGCAAGGUGCAGUACCUGGUGGAGUGGGAGGGAGUCACUGCCUCCUAGACUGUCAGUGACGUCAUCACUUCUAACUUUUUACCAGGGCCUGCAAGAGGUUUCUGGCUGUGCUAAGGACAAAUGGUCACAGCCUGUAUUCAGAACGUUAGUUGAUAUAUGCCAUUGUUAGUUUAGACGAGAGCCAAGUUUUCCUGUGAAGCUUACUGCAAAGCCUACUGGUUCAGUGCACAUUUAUACAUGUAUUUUCCUGAUGUGUUAUAAAGAUUGCAAUUAUUUGAUCAAGACGAGGCAUUGUUAUUAUACCACACCAUAUUUGUGUUCUGCUUUUAACUUUCAUUAUUUGCUUUGAAUGUUUUCAGCAACCUUGUUUAUUCAGGCCAUGUAACUGAUCAGUGCACUGCAUCUGUAGGCUUACAGUGAAUCAUUAUCGUACUUAUUUUUAAUCCAUGUAUGUGCUUUUCAUUUCCUGACCAGUUAAGUAUUUUUUUUUUGGACAAUGUGGUUUGUCGUGCAUUAAAAGGUAAAUCUUAGAAGAUAAGAGGGAGGGACAUGUUAAACAAAUGUUCAUUAAUUUUACUGCUGCAAUGGAUGGCCAAUUACAAGUUUUGUUACAGUUAUUUUCUUACCAAUUUGGUAAAUGUAUAUCUAUUUACAAAUGCCCUCUCAGUACAUAUUGGUCCCUUUCGCAGAGAUAUCCUUCUGUGGAACUCGAGACGAGAGAUUCUUUUGUUUUACAAAAAAUUAUACUGCAUUUUAUAAUGACCUUUUCAACUAGUCCGUUCUCAAAAGUAUUUUUUUCUGUUCAGCGUGUUCUUUCUUUUGUUAUUGUUUUAAACAUUUUAUUUGGAAUUGAUUAAAAUUACUUAACUUUUGAUUGGAAUCUUUAAGGACCUAUUUUAUUUUUAUUUUGUCUGAUAGUUAUACAAAAGAAAUAAAGUGCUGCAUAAAAUGAAUGCUGAUUAUCCAGUUUCCAUACUUAAGAGUUCAGAAGUGUUUUACUUUCUUGUGCUGCCUAUGCAAGUUAGUCCUUGAUAACAGUGUUGUUCAGUCAUAUAAUGAACCAUACGGCUUGAUUAAGGGGUGCAUCAGCAUUCUGAUUUUUUAUUUUAUUUUAUUGUGUGACCGGUGCAAAAUGUACUUGAACUUUUGCUUCUACACUAAGUUCACCUUGUAGUGUACACACUCAGGAUAUGUCCAUACGGUUCACUGUAUUGCAUACGCCUGCAUUUGCAGCUUGGCAGGAGGUUUAGACAUGUUCUUCAUUCGGUGUUGUUGGUCAGUAUUUUUCUAUUGGGUCCUUCAUUUUACUUUGAACCAUAUGUACGCUUUAUUUUUAUGAGCAAAAAUAAUUUUAGUUAAUUUUUACUGCGCCACUUUCUGGUUUAAUUUGAGUCAGAAAAAGUCACUGGAAAACUAAUACGCUGUAUGUCAUUGCAUGAGGUAAAUAUUCAUUUAGUUUGUCUGUCUCUGAGGUUUUCUGUUUGUUGUUGUUGAAAUGGACAUAGCUUUGUGACAUUGAUACCUCUUCAUUGUACGGAUGUAGUCGGUGUGUGUAAAGCUCGUCUCCAUGUUGUUCCCACUGGCUUCCAGCAGGCUUCUGUAGCCAAAGAACAGACGUGAACGUCUACUUCGUCUCUUGAGAUUCACAUUACAUUUCUAUACAUUAUUACAUGGGUUGACGUGAUACUUCUGAACCUGUUUAGUUAAAGGAUCAAUAAAAGCCGAUAUUUUGAA